AUGGGGGAGCCUGUUGUCAGGCCACCGGCGAUGGACGGUUCCUUGGCUGCUCUGGUGGCGUGGCUCAAGGUCUGGCUUGCGGAAGCGUGCGGGGCUGAACGGGAAACGAUGAUCCAGGCACUGUACGGUCUUUGGUGCGCGAGAAAUGAGACUAGGGACGGGAGAAUGAUCCAAGAUGCUCGGGAGUUGGCAGAAAAAGUUCACGGAUAUAUCCAAGAAUGGCGUCAAGUUCACUCCAAGGAGGCGACGAUCAAGGAGCCAAGGCGACCGGAAAGGUGGGUUCCACCGGAGCCGGGAUGGACCAAGGCUAACGGGGAUGGAGCGACGUCCCGAACAGAUGACAAGGGGGGAGGAGGAGUGGUCCUCAGGGAUCACCAUGGUGCCUUUAGGGGAGGAGCUGCGAUAUGCUUCCCAGGUGCCGGCCACCCCCAGUUCUCGAAGAUUCUGGCAGUGAAAAGCGCAGUGCAAAUGGCGAUAUCUAUGGAUGUGCAACGACUCCACGUCGAGUUGGAUAGUCAGGAGGUGGUGGCCAUGCUUCAAGGCGAAGGCAGGAACCUUUCGACGUUUGGCCCGGUUGUGGAGGAGAUUAAGGAGAUGCUGAGGAUGCGGCAAGAGUUCAAAAUCACGUGGGUCCGGUUGUGGAGGAGAUUAAGGAGAUGCUGA